CACUCUUCUCCGUCCCACCCAGGUCACCACCUCAGGUCGAAUUUACCCCAUAUCCUAAAGGCGAAUUAAUUGAUCCAACGCAAUGGGCACCUCAACAUCCAAAGCCGCGAAAUCUGCGACGCAGUUGUCCGCAGCAAACACAGCUCGAAAAUACCCCACGCGCUCACCACCCCUCUCAUCUCCACAAACGAAGGCUCAGCCAGAGGCGCCGAGCACGACAAUAGGACCGAGCAUUCAUCCGCCUACACAUGCUACGGAAGCUAGGGAUCGAGGUGUGUGCCCCUCAGUCCGUUUCCAAUCUCGUGCAGGCUACAGCCAUCCCCACCUCUCUGUGACUUGUCCAGCCUUUUCCACUCCACUCUCGCAGCAGAAAUCUACUAGAUGGACCAUUUGCUAAUUUCCUUUACGAGGGUAGUGGUGAAUAAAGACGCCCAAGACCCAGCACUCGAUAACCGCGGCCUGCUCUCGCGCCUCAAAACCCUCGGCCCG